CGCUUCUGGUAUGCCAUGCCUUGCAGCAAGUCCAUCUACGCCAAAUAUUACAUUAAAACUUCUUUCCGAGCUCGCGCUACUCCUCGAACUGCUCGUCCAUGGCGAACGAAGAAGUUGUGUACGUUGACCGCUUUCUUUCGCAACAGGUUCUACGAAAUCGAUCGAUGGUACAAAGCCAGGAUCGAAAAGCCGAUCAUUUAUCCAAAAUUAUUCGUCAUAGAGCCUGCGAAAUGUCAGCGCAGUUUGGAAGAACGCCUCAAUGUGAAGGUUGAUCUGUCAGAAGUGGACAUCGACAGUCGCUACGGCACGCGUAUCGAGACUGUGAAACGGGCUGCCGAAUUCUACGGUCUGUUUAAAGAUCUGUUUUCGCCGGAUGCCUUCUUCUAUCCGGCGAAGCUCCCUCCAUCGGUACAGUACGACGCUGACGAAGGAUCACUGUGGACUCUUUUAAUGACCAACCCAGACGGCAACGUUUACAAGGACAACGCUGAGCUGCUGCAUUGGAUGUUAUGCAACAUUCCUGAAAAUCGUGUUCAAGAUGGUGACGUCAUUCGUCCGUACCUCCAACCUUUACCUCUACGCGGCACCGGACGUCAUCGGAUCGCUUUUGUUCUUUUUCGUCAAAACGCGAAAAUCGACUAUCACCUAGAAGGUUCUUCGAGAGAGGGCUUAUGUGAUCGAACAUUCGUGACGUCUGACUUUUACAAAAAGUACGAAGACGUCAUUACUCCUGCCGGACUAUGCUUUUUCCAAAGCGAAUGGGACAUUUCAUGCAAACGGUGUUUUGAAGACCAGCUAAGUAAGAUGGCAGAUUUUCGCUUGGAGUCAGCUACAGGAAAGUUUCUUUUUGUAGACAUGCAAGAGCCGGUGUACAAGUACGAAUGGCCUGCUCCUUUUGUGCCUCCUCAAGAAGUCAUACCUAAAGAGCCGCAGCCGUUCAAUUUGUACUUGGACAAGUAUCGUGAUCUGCAAGACAUUGAAAGAGAGAUACUCGUAAAGCGCCUGUCACGUUUGUCCCCAUUUAAAGAUGGCCCAGUGAAAUCCAAAUAUCCGAACAUCUUCUUCCGAGAGGAGAAGGAAACUUUGCCUUCGUGGCUGCACGCGGAAAAAGUUAAAGAGAACCUGGGAAUAGGGAAGUAUCAAUCACUGUAUGAAAAUCGCAUUGAGUGA